CGCGGGAAUCUGAAACUCAAGUACAAAAUGGCAAAAAGAAUCCGUCAAGCCCAGUUUUUGACAAUAAAGAUAUAACAUACUUUCCUAUUCGUAUUGGACAAAAAACGAAAGUUAUUCUUAAUGAUCGUGAGUUUAUUAUUACUAUAGCAGUUGGUUAUUCUAACAAUCCCUAUCUUCCUGGUUAUAAUUGUCAAA